AUGUCUUGGAUAGUUAAAGAAUACAAUAACAAUUUAUGCACCGGAGAUACGCCAGAUUAUGGUGACGAUUCCAGAUAUUUCACAAUUAGAAUGCAUCACAGUGGAAAAUUUGAUGGUUGUGGUGAUAAAGUGUAUAUUGGUGGAAGAGUGAAUAGUAUUGAUAUGUGUCACUUUGAUCAAAUUUCUCUUAUAGAGUUGGACAACAUGCUAAAGAAUAUUGGAGUUGGUUAUAAUCAAAUUACCAUAUUCUAUCAGAGAAUAGGUAAUGGAUGGAGAGCUUUGGAAAAUGAUCAACAUGCUAUGGACUUGAUAAAAUGGGUUGACAAGGUUAAAGUAGUUGAUGUAUAUGUGGAACAUAUUAGGCAAGAAUUGUUCAAUCAUAGUCAAGCAGAUUCUCAUUGUGGUCCAUCAGAAAAAAGAUUUGGGAGCCAAAAUAUACAUGUGUCUGAACAGGGAACCAAUUUAUGGGGUCCUAGGGUUCCCACUGAGAGUUAUAGGUCCUCUGAAAGUGAUGCUUCUGAUAGUGAUUCAUAUUCCAAGGGUUCAGAUUUUGAGUUUGAAGAUUUGUAUGAUAGUGAAUAUGAUGUAUAUGAUGAAUAUUUGCAUGAGACAAUUGUUGAGAGUGACAAAGGUGAAAAGUUUGACAAACCAAAAAGGAAAGGGGUUCAGAUUGAGACAGAGACAAUACAAGAGCAUGAAUGUGGCGUAGGAGGUGAAGAUUGUGAAUCUGAUGAGUUACGAAGUUUAAGUGGCUCAUCAUCCGAUAAUGAUGAAAUAAGGCAUCACAGGAAGAAGUAUCCACAAUUUAAUGCUAAGAGUGACAUGGUUGAUCCACAUUUUAAGCUUGGGAUGUUUAGAGCGGCAGUGAGGCAACAUACAAUUAAAUGGGGGAAAAAUACGAUUUUCUAA